AAAGCGCACAAGAAGAUGCCGGCCUUUCGCGGGCGCCGGGGCUGGUGCGGGUGUCUACAGGAUGACGAACCACCCGAAAUCUGCGUGGUCGAGGGGGUGUUCUCGCUGCAAACACUCACGCCCACCCAACCGAUGCCGGCCAUCGACGAGCUGGACAGCAAGUUCGCCGAGCUCGUCGAGGAGCUGGACCUAAGCGCACCAAACAAAGCGGCCAUGAUGGGUCUACCGCCGCAGAAGAAGUGGCAAAUCUACUGCUCACGCAAGAGUCCGCUAGACAGUGGUCCCAACGGAGCUGCUCUGCAGACGGUACCGCCAUCACCCGAGCACUACAUCGAGCGGCUGAAGGACAUGGCGGUACAGCUGAAGGCGGCCGCCCCGGAUGAAUCCCCGAUCCACGAGUAUGGUCCCAAAAUCGAGUCUCAAACGGCGUUGUUCGACGCACUCAAGACGGCCCUGCGUACGUCCGCGCACAGCUUCGUGAUCCGGUUCAUCGAGCUGCAGGGUCUUCCGGCACUGCUCGAGCUAUUGCAGGCCCUCGAUAUCCGGGUCGCUAAUAGUCCGCUCCACACGAGCCUGAUAGGAUGCAUCAAGGCGCUGAUGAACAACUCGACAGGCCGGUCACACGUGCUGGCGCAUCCAACUGGCAUCGAUACGAUCGCACGCUCACUGGCCGCGGACAACCUGCGAACAAAGAUCGCCGCCCUCGAGAUCCUGGGCGCGGUUUGUCUUGUGCCGGGUGGCCACAAGAAGGUACUGACCGCGAUGCUGCGCUAUCAGGAGUACGCGGCCGAGCGAGCCCGAUUCCAGGGCAUCGUGAAUGAUCUCGACCGAUCGACGGGCGCUUAUCGGGAUGAUGUCAACCUUAAGACGGCAAUCAUGUCGUUUGUGAACGCCGUACUCAACUACGGCCCCGGUCAGGAGAAUCUCGAGUUCCGGUUGCACCUGCGCUACGAGUUCCUGAUGCUUGGCAUACAGCCCGUCAUCGACAAGCUGCGUAAGCAUGAGAACGAGACGUUAAACCGCCAUCUUGACUUCUUCGAGAUGGUACGCAACGAGGACGAGAAGGAGCUGGCACGUAAGUUCGACCACGAACACGUUGAUACCAAGAGCGCGUCGGCCAUGUUUGAUCUGUUGCGGCGUAAAUUGAGCCACUCGCCGGCUUAUCCACAUCUGCUCUCGUUGCUGCAGCACAUGCUGCUGUUGCCGCCCCCAACAACGGGUCCGAACGCACAGCACUGGUUGCUGUUCGACCGGGUUGUGCAGCAACUCGUACUGCAGCACGAGGAACGUCCGGCCAGUGAUUGUCUCGAUCCUGAUACUACUUCCGGAGCCGAUAAGCGGUCUGAGGACGGUGGCUCAUGUGCGUCGGCUUCCCUCAAACGCCAGGAUCCUGACGUACAGCCACUCGCAAUCGACGUACGGAAGAUCGUAAAGCUGCUGGUGAAGGAGGAAGAACUAGUAGCGGCCAGGACGCGGGCGGAUGAGCUCGAGCGCGACAACGCAGAGAUUGGCGCUCGGUUGGCCAAAAAGGAGCAGGAUCUGGACCACCGGACGCAGGAGAAGGAAGACCUCGAAACGUCGUUGGCGCGGAUGCGUGAGCGGCUUGAGAAGGAAAGCGCCAACCACUCGCAGGCGGUCCAGCGAGCACUUAGCGCAGAAAUGCGUGCCGAAGACCUACAGCAUCGGUUCGUCAGUGAGCAGCAAGAACGGCUACGACUCGAGCGGCUCGUCACCGAAGGUAGCAUUCCGGAUGAUCAGAAAGUGGCCGGAUUACAGGGUACCACUGGCUGCAAUGGACAAACGACAACAUCUCCACCACCGCCUCCACCUGCGCCGGGUAAGCUGUUGCCACCACCUCCACCACCCCCGAUGAUGGGAGGACCUGCAGCACCACCACCACCACCGGCUCCCGGUGGUUUGCCAAAGCUGCCAUCGGGCGCGCCCGGUGGAGGUCCACAGGCUCCAGUGGCCCCGAAGGCACCGGAAGCCCCGAAGAAGAACGUACCCCAACCGGCAAACCCGCUCAAGAGCUUCAACUGGUCCAAGUUGCCCGAUAGCAAGCUUCAGGGCACGGUGUGGGGCGAGCUAGACGACACCAAGUGGUACAACAGCAUCGAGCUCGAAUCCAUCGAUAAGCUGUUCUCAGCCUACCAGAAGAAUGGAGUUGCGAACGACGGUUCGAUCGAGGAUCUGAGGCUGAUUGGCAAGAAUAAGGCGAAGAUUUUGUCGGUGAUUGAUGGGCGCCGGGCGCAGAACUGCACGAUCCUGCUGAGCAAGCUCAAGAUGACUGACGAGGAGAUCUGCAAAGCGAUCCUGUCGAUGGACUCGAACGAGCAGCUGCCGAUCGAUAUGGUGGAGCAACUGCUAAAGUUCACGCCCUCAGCCGAAGAACGUGCCCUGCUGGAUGAGCACUCCGAGGAUAUCGAUUCUUUGGCCCGUGCCGACCGUUUCCUGUAUGAAAUCUCGAAGAUACCUCACUACGAGCAGCGGUUGCGUAGCCUUCACUACAAGAAGCGGUUCCAGGUGACGGUAAAUGAUCUGGCGCCACGAAUUGCAAGCGUCAUGGAGGCCUCUCGUGAAGUGGCGCGAUCGCGCAAACUACGCAAACUGCUAGAACUUGUGCUCGCCCUGGGCAACUACAUGAACCGGGGCGCACGCGGAAACGCGUCCGGGUUCCGGUUGGCUUCAUUGAACCGGCUGGCGGACACAAAAUCGAGUGCGGCCAAGGGUACGACGCUGCUGCACUAUCUGGUGCAGAUCAUCGAGAAGAAGUUCAAGGAUAUCCUGACGCUUGAGGAGGAUCUACCGCACGUGAAGGAAGCGUCAAAGGUGUCGCUCGGCGAGAUGGACAAGGACAUCACGAUGCUGCGGGCGGGUUUAGCUGAGGUGAACCGGGAAAUCGAGUUCCACCGGAGCAGCGGAGCGGCCCAACCGGGCGACCGGUUCCUGCCGGUGAUGCGCGAGUUCCACGCCCAGGCAUCCGUGCGCUUCGCCGAGCUGGAGGAUCAGUUCCAGGACAUGAAAACUAGGUUCGAUCGUGCCAUCCGGUUGUUUGGUGAGGACGGAUCGGUGGUUCAGCCGGAGGAGUUCUUCGGUAUCUUCGACGGGUUUUUGUCAGCACUGAUGGAGGCAAAGCAGGAUAACGAAAAUUUCCGCCGACGUCAGGAAGAGGAAGAAAAGCGUGCCAAGCAAGAGGCCGAGCUGAAAAAACGCACCAUCGAGCGUAAGUCCAAGGAGGGUCUGCUCAACUCGGUGGCCGGUAAGCUGGGCCUGAAGUCGAAGCACACGAACGGUAGCAAUGGUGGUCCCGUGAUGGCUACCGACACCAACAACAAGGGUGAGUUCGACGACCUCAUUUCGGCGCUCCGAACGGGUGACGUGUUCGGCGAGGACAUGGCCAAGUUCAAGCGGUCGCGCAAGACGCGCCUGGGACCGAAUGGUACCAACAACACGUCGCCUCCGCGCAGUCGCAACAGCAUCGGGCGCGAGGAUAGCCGCGAACGGACCGGUGUAGUCAACCGGCGGCAAUAG